AGAAAGAAGAGAGCCAAAAGCCACAUAACCGUCGAAUCAGAUACCCAAUGACGACGAAAGGCGUUAUCUCUAGUGACGGCCACACACAUCACUACCACUCUAUAUUCCCGCCACGUGUCACACGAAACUUCCAUCUACAGCAGGUACCAUACGCCCUUAUCGCUUUCAUUUAGCAAUCAGCAGUGUCCCCGUUUCUCCUCGAACCAAGUAAACCAAUCUCACCAACAAUAUAUAUCAUAAUAAACCUUAUAUUUAUCCUCUACUCUACCUGAAAAAAUAAAGGUUUGAAUUUGAUUCUUGUGUUUGUGCUGAGACUCAGAGAGUGAGAGAUGGAUCACGCAGCGGACGCGUAUCGGACUGAUUUGAUGACCAUAACGAGACACGCGUUGAAUGAGCAAUCGAGGCAUCCUGAUUCGCGCGGUGAUUUCACUAUUUUGCUUAAUCAUAUUGUUCUUGGUUGCAAAUUCGUUUGCUCUGCUGUUAACAAGGCUGGUCUUGCCAAGCUUAUUGGACUUGCUGGGGAGACAAAUGUUCAGGGUGAGGAGCAAAAGAAAUUGGAUGUGCUUUCUAAUGAAGUAUUUAUCAAGGCUUUAGUAAGCAGUGGCAGAACUAGCAUUCUUGUCUCGGAAGAAGAUGAAGAAGCAACAUUUGUUGAAACUUCCAAGCGCGGAAAGUACUGUGUUGUUUUCGAUCCCUUGGAUGGUUCCUCUAACAUCGAUUGUGGUGUUUCCAUUGGAACAAUUUUUGGAAUUUACAUGGUGAAAGAUGGCACUGAACCGACUCUAGAUGAUGUCUUGCAACCUGGGAAAAAUAUGGUUGCUGCUGGCUAUUGCAUGUAUGGAAGCUCUUGCAUGUUUGUGUUGAGCACUGGAAACGGUGUUAAUGGCUUCACUCUUGAUCCAUCCCUUGGAGAGUUCAUUCUUACUCACCCUGAUAUUAAGAUUCCAAAAAAGGGAAAGAUUUAUUCAGUAAAUGAAGGAAAUGCUAAGCACUGGGAUGGUCCAACAGCCAAGUAUGUAGAAAAUUGCAAGUUCCCGAAGGAUGGUUCUUCGCCAAAGUCUCUAAGAUAUGUUGGAAGCAUGGUAGCUGAUGUCCAUCGCACAUUCCUUUACGGAGGGAUAUUUUUGUACCCUGGUGAUAAGAAGAGCCCUAGUGGUAAACUGCGUGUUUUGUAUGAAGUCUUCCCAAUGUCGUUUUUGGUGGAAGAAGCAGGAGGCCAGGCCUUUACCGGCCAGCAACGGGCACUCGACUUGGAACCAAAGAAUAUACACGAGAGAUCUCCCAUAUUUCUCGGAAGCACUGAAGAUGUUGAGGAAAUCAAAGCGCUUUACGCUGCGGAACAGAAAAGCGCCUGAAGGAAUCAAUCAUUCAUCAGUCAGUCCUACUUUACAUAAGCCCUUGUUGAUUGUAUAAUGGCUACUUGACCACAUUUCUGAUCUUAUAUAUUCAUAUUAAGCAAACUCUCUUUCUCAA